AUGCGGGAGCUGCGCUCGUCCGCCUUCUGGAGGGCCGUCCUGGCCGAGUUCCUGGGCAGCCUCCUCUAUGCCCUGCUGGGGCUGGGGGCCUCCCUGCGCUGGGCCCCGGGCCCCCCCAGCGUGGGGGCCGCCUUGGCCUUCGGGCUGGCCCAGACCACCCUGGUGCAGGCGUUGGGCAAUGUCAGCGGGGGUCACGUCAACCCGGCCAUCACGCUGGCCUUCCUGAUGGCCUCGCAGCUCUCCCUGCCCCGUGCCCUGGCUUACCUGCUGGCCCAGGUGUUGGAAUGCUGGCCGGAGCCGGGGGUGCUCUAUGGGGUGACCCCCGGCCCCGUCCGUGGCACCCUCGGCCUCAGCGCGCUGCACCCCGGCGUGGGCCCGGGCCAGGGCACGGUGGUGGAGCUGCUCCUGACCGCCCAGUUCGUCCUCUGCGUCUUCGCCAGCUUCGACGACCGUCACGACGGGCGCCCGGCCAUGGCCGCCGUGCCCGUCGGCUUCUCCCUCGCCCUCGGCCACCUCUUCGGGAUCCACUACACGGGUGCCAGCAUGAACCCCGCUCGCUCCUUCGCCCCCGCCGUCAUCACCCGCAACUUCGCCAACCACUGGGUGUACUGGGCGGGCCCGCUGCUGGGCGCGGCGCUGGGCGCGGUGCUCUACGAGUUCGCGUUGUGCCCGCGGGCCCGCAGCCUGGCCGAGCGCCUGGCCGCCCUCAAGGGAGAGCCGCCCGCCCCCACCGCCGUCACCGCCGCCGCCGUCGCCGCCGCCGAGCCGCCGCCCGAGCCGCCGGCAGAGCCGCUGGAGCUGAAGACGCAGGGGCUGUAA